AUGACUAGGAGAAUCUCAUCUCCAUCUUCACUCUUCAGAGAGCAGUUAUUUCUCUGUGAAGCUGGAUAGAUUUGUGAGCAGAGCUGGGUCCAGGUUCUUAAAAGUCAGAUGGGGAGAGGCACUCAGGUGCUUCUGGGUUGGGUUGAACAAACCUACACAGACGGGGUACAUAUGUACCAUCUGGAACUUCCAGCCCCCACCCCUCCUCGUCUCAUCAGUGUGUUAAGAGCAGUGACUUGCUUAUAAGUAAACGAUUCAUUCCAGCUAUGCCAAUUCAGGGCUUAUUCAAGCACUGCCUCCCUCCCGCUCUGUCCAAGUUGCCUGGACCAUAAGCUCAACUUGAGAGGGAAGACCUUGGGUUGA